ACUUACAGCUUACCCACACUGGGUAGAAAAGCUGAAUGAUACUCAGUUAGACAGCGGGAGUCCUCUCCGAUGGGAAUGUAAAGCUAUCGGAAAACCCCGACCCACAUAUCGCUGGCUGAAGAAUGGAGUACCCCUCUUGCCUCAGAGUAGGGUUGAGAUGGUUAAUGGAGUAUUGGUGAUCCACAAUGUGAAUCAAUCAGAUGCUGGAAUGUAUCAGUGUUUGGCUGAAAAUAAAUAUGGAGCCAUUUAUGCUAGUGCUGAGCUGAAGAUUCUAGCUUCAGCUCCCACUUUUGCACUGAAUCAGCUGAAGAAAACAAUAAUUGUUACCAAAGGCCAAGAAGUCGUCAUAGAAUGCAAACCGCAAGGCUCGCCAAAACCAACUAUCUUCUGGAAGAAAGGAGACAAAACAGUUAGAGAGAACAAAAGAAUAGCUAUUCUUCCAGACGGGAGUCUACGAGUCCUAAAUGCUUCUAAAUCAGAUGAGGGAAAGUACGUUUGCCAAGGGGAAAACAUUUUUGGUUCUGCUGAAAUUAUUGCUUCAGUAUCUGUAAAAGAACCUACAAGGAUAGAACUUACUCCUAAAAGAACGGAGUUAACAGUGGGAGAAAGCGUCGUCCUUAAUUGCAAAGCAAUUCACGAUGCUAGUUUGGAUGUGACUUUCUACUGGACUCUAAAAGGACAGCCUAUUGAUUUCGAGAAAGAAGGUGGACAUUUUGAAAGCAUCAGGGCCCAAGCAUCCUCUGCAGAUUUAAUGAUCAGGAACAUCCUUCUGAUGCAUGCUGGGAGAUAUGGCUGCAGGGUACAGACCACAGCAGACAGUGUGUCAGAUGAGGCAGAACUUCUUGUUAGGGGUCCCCCAGGCCCACCUGGGAUAGUGAUCGUUGAGGAAAUCACUGAAAGCACAGCCACACUCUCCUGGAGUCCAGCAGCCGACAACCACAGCCCAAUCUCCUCCUACAACCUGCAGGCUCGUAGCCCCUUCUCCCUGGGCUGGCAAACAGUAAAAACAGUCCCAGAAAUCAUAACAGGAGACAUGGAGUCGGCCAUGGCAGUAGACCUAAAUCCCUGGGUGGAAUAUGAAUUUCGAGUGGUGGCCACCAAUCCAAUUGGGACUGGAGAUCCAAGCACCCCAUCUCGAAUGAUCCGCACAAAUGAAGCAGUUCCAAAGACAGCACCCACCAAUGUAAGUGGAAGAAGCGGAAGAAGGCAUGAGUUAGUCAUCGCCUGGGAGCCAGUAUCUGAAGAGUUUCAGAAUGGGGAAGGCUUUGGCUAUAUUGUGGCUUUCAGACCAAAUGGAACACGUGGCUGGAAGGAAAAAAUGGUGACAUCCUCUGAAGCUUCCAAAUUCAUUUAUCGAGAUGAAAGUGUCCCACCUCUUACUCCCUUUGAAGUGAAGGUUGGCGUUUAUAACAAUAAAGGAGAUGGGCCAUUUAGUCAAAUUGUGGUCAUAUGUUCAGCUGAAGGAGAACCCAGUGCUGCUCCCACAGAUGUCAAAGCUACAAGUGUGUCUGUGUCAGAGAUCCUCGUUGCGUGGAAAUAUAUAAAAGAGAGUCUAGGAAGACCACAGGGAUUUGAGAUUGGGUACUGGAAAGACAUGGAACAAGAAGAUGCAGCAGAAACACUGAAAACUAGGGGGAAUGAGUCAUCCAUCAUCCUGACAGGAUUAGAAGGAAAUACCUUAUAUCACUUCACAGUGAGGGCUUACAAUGCAGCUGGUUACGGGCCACCUAGCAGUGAAGUGAGCGCAACCACCAAGAAAUCCCCUCCUAGUCAAGCACCUAGCAACCUCAGGUGGGAGCAGCAAGGCUCUCAGGUUUCUCUGGGCUGGGAACCUGUCACACCAUUAGCCAAUGAAUCUGAAGUCGUGGGUUACAAGGUUUUUUAUAGGCAAGAGGGUCACAGCAGCAGUGAAGUUAUUGAAACACAGAAACCUCAAGCAGUAGUACCACUCCCUGACCCUGGAGUCUAUAUCAUUGAAGUCCGAGCACACAGUGAAGGAGGGGAUGGAACAGCUAGUUCCCAAAUCAGGGUACCAUCAUAUUCAGGUGGAAAAAUCACAAGUGCUCAGUCGACCCUCCACACUUUCUGCACACCUUCAUCAUCAGUAACGUUGUUCUUGGCAUUAAUGAUUCUUUCAACCUACUGGUGAAAAUGCUGACUUAAUUUGCUUUUCUUUGCUUUAGCCGGAUAACAGCAGUGAAUAGAGUGUAGUGUAAGUGGAGACCCCAGGAUCCUGAGAUGAGCUUUAAAAACUUGGGACUACACAUGGUGCACUUACAGGAGGUUGGGGGAGAAUAUUACUUGUCCAUCAGGUUUCUCUUUGAUUUUUGUGAAUGGAAAGGACAGUUCUUGGUCCAAUAAAAAUAUGCAGAUUGUAUGUAAUGAAUUUUUGUAAGAAAAGGUAAUUUCUGUCAAAUGUAUUCUUUACUUUUUUGAUAUGUUGGAAUUUGAUUUUAUAUCUGAUAACUCUGAGCGUGUGCCAUCCAUUUGUUAAGUAAGUGGUUUCUAGCAGACCUGUUUCAAAAGCAAAUACAAAACUGAGAAAGAAAGGUUUGCUUAAGGCUGAGUCCAGUGUUUUUCAUUCUGCCUUUAGCUGACUACUUCAAUUGCCAAACCAACAAGAGAUAUGGAAAAUACUUCAGUUAUGUGGUCCAUUAUAGGAUAAGUACACAAAAAUUUUCUCAAACAAUAUUGUAUUAUUGCACAGUGAAAUAGCAAGAUUUACCAAUAUGCUAUUCUAUAUGCACCCCUAGAGCAAGUUUUUAGGGUAGGGAAUAAGCCAUUUACAUUAGUGCAAGGUAAACAAAAAGUGAGUCCAAAUGAAUUGAAGUGCUAUUAUUUUUCAUCAAGUAUUUUGUCAUCUAUCAGCAAAUACAGUAAAUGUUUUUUUUAAUAACAAAAGAUAGUUUAAAGUCACAUAAAAAAUAUGACCACUAAAAACUAUAGACACUGACAUGCUGCCAGGGGUGCUAACCUAAAAAUGAAAGCAAAGAGACAGAGCUUUUCUAUUUCUCUACCUACUGCCAAAGCAGAUGUUAAAUCAGGUCCAAGGUUUUAUUCCAAUUGCAAAUAAUUUUAAGGACAAUGAAAAUUUGUUGUUCAAAUAAUUAUGCAUAGUCUGUGGAUUAAAGUGGUUCAAGCAUCACAAAUAAAUUUUGAUUUUUUAAACAGUUUCAUGCAUUGCAUACCACAUAUAAAAUCUUACCAACUACUAAAAUAAAAAGGAUCUCUUGGGUAAAUUGAUUUUUAAAAAAUUAAGCUGUGGAAACAUAGCAUCAGUACAGGAGCUUAGCUAGUCUAGCCAGCCAUGCACAGAUUAAUUCUGUGGCUUGGGAGACAAUCCCCAUUUGCUAUUUGAGGCGUCAACUUGAGCCUAAACAAUCCUAGAUAGUUGUUGGAAAGCAAGUAAAAGUGUUCUGUUUGAUGAUAUCUUAAGAAAUUGUAACAAACAUGAGGAUGUGCUAGAGUUGACAUUAUACCCAUGAAGAUGCCUGAAAGGAUAGUUAUUGCAAAGUCAUAUGUCAGAAAAGAGCCUGGAGAAACUAUAGUUUUACAGGUGUUGUCAAUAUGUGAGUAAAAAGCAGUUUUGUUUCUUUUCUUUUAUGUAAUCUAAACCUGUUAACUUUAUUUGCAUCUUUAAUGACAAGCAAAAUGAAGCAAUAUUGAGCUCAAAUUGCUGGCUCUUGAGGUUAAUUCUUGUAGGAUCAGAGGGGAGAUUAAAGUUUCUGUUCUGAACAUCCUUAAAAGUCUUACAGCCACCUAUAGCUAUAUAUGUCAGUUAUUCAUUCUCUUUGGGGGUGAAUUAUGUCCCCUAAGACACCCCUAAACAAACAGGAAAUGAUUUAAAAGACUAUUUUAGUCAACAGAUUAUUAUAGUAAACACUACACACGGUGAAUAUUUAAGCCUGUAACAAAUCAAGUGGCCUUUCUUGAAUGCCUCCUUUGGAGUGGGAGAGACUGAACUUUGUAAAUAGUGGGAUACUAACUGUGUAGCUGGCAAAACAUAAGCUUUCCCAGGUAUGGUGUAACUUGCAAGAAUAAAUUGUGUAUCAAAAAGAAAAAGAAAAAAGAAUAUUAAAAAACAGAAGACAAUUUUUACAUACUUCAUGAAGCAAACCAUUUUCUUCAUUUCUCAUAAUGUUCUAUACUAGAUUUAGUGAAGGGAUUUAAGAAUCAAGGUAUUACUAACACUCUUAUAAAGCAAAGCCCAGUAAAAUAUAAUGUCAAUAUAUGGCAAAUUCAAAUUAACCAAUAUUUACAAUUAGCUGAUGGAUGGUACAUAUCUGAAAGAAUAUUUACAUCUAGAAUGUCUGAUGUAUUCUUACAGGAAUCAGAGAUAUGAGAUGUUUUUAAUCAACAUGCGCAGAAUAUGUAUUUUGCAUCAUAAACCUAUUUUAAAAAACAGGUUUUCAAUGUUUAUGUACUAAUGUAUUACAUAUUUGUUACUUUGUAGAAUGCAGAAAAGCAUUCCUUAGCAAGGUACAUUACUUUUCAACUGCAGUACUAAAUGAGUUUUUUCUUAGAUGGGAUAGUAACCCCACAGUCUUAAAUCACUAAAGAGACUGUAUUUUUGUAUAAUGUCAAACUAUGAAGAAAACAACACUCCUUAUAAUUAGAAAUUUAAAUGUUUUACAUACCCAAAUGAAGGUACUGUGGACUCCAUGUCAAACCGUUAAAUAUAUUGUAUACAAUCUGUAUAUAUAAUAUAUAUAAGGUAUAUACCAUGUGGAAGGCACAGUCAGAUAAUAGUUCUGUGUACUGUUCUUGUAACAUUAGAUCUUUUUAAUAAAUAAUUCUCUUUUUAUUGACUUUUA